GGAGUGAGGGAGGGAGAGCGAGAGAGAGAGAUACCUGUGGAGAGACGACGGCUGGAAACCCAUAGUUGUGUAGUAGCAUGCUGCUGCUCCGUGGAAAAGGGAGUGGAAUAUAAAUAAUUGAGACUCUCGGAGAUUUUCGAAUAAAAAAAGAAGACACAAGAGAAGAAAAGAAAAGAUACGAAGAAUAAUAAUAAGAAGAGGAAUACCACCACCGAGUUCCUUCUCACUCGUUCGAAAGUGCCUUUUCGCGCUUUUUACAUUCGGCCCGUGGGAGAUUCGCGUGGAGAGAGAGAGAGAGAGAGAGAGAGAGAGAGAGAGAGAGAGAGAGAGAGAGAGAGAGAGAGAGAGGGAAAGAGAGAGAGAAAGAAAGAGAAAGAGAGAGAGAGAGAGAGACAGAGAGAGAACGGGAGAGAGAGAGAGAGAGAGAGAGAUAGAGAGAGAAAAGUUUACAGUGGUGGUACUGAGUGUGCCUACGAGUGCGAGAGAGUGAGCUUACGAGUUUGCGGUGUACGGGACUCGUUGAGAUGUCGUGGCUGCUCGUACUACGGACUUACGAUUGAAGAGAGUUAGGUGAGCGAACGAUUUUUAACGCGUUUGCGAGUACGAGAGGAAGAGGAUAAUAUAACGGGAGGAUGGCGGACGGAAAGAUAACGUUGGUGGGUGACGUCGUCACGAUGCGCAUGUUGCUACUGAUAAGAUUGACGUUAGUGACAGCAGGCGUGCUGCUAACGAAUUCAAACGCGAGUCCAAACACGAAGGUACACCUGCAGAUCAAUUCAAAGACAGGGAAACACAUUGGCAUCCAGGAUCGUGAACAAGUGAUUGCAGGUAUGGAGGCCAGCCUCCUUUCCCUUUUAGGUUUCUCUAAAAGGCCUAAACCCCAGGGUCCGGUUUAUGUGCCGGAAUCUCUGCGAAAGCUUUACGUUCGGCAGAAUUCCAUUGGCGUGGCGGACAUCGCAAAACCAGGAAUUCACACACGAUCGGCGAACACAGUUCGUUCCUUCUUUCAUGUCGAGAGUGAACUGGACGAAAAGUUUCGCCUGCCAAAUCGAUUUCGUCUCUCGUUUGACCUAAGGAGAAUACCAUUGGGUGAGAAGUUGCAAGCGGCUGAGUUGAGUCUUUCACGUAUUGCGAUAACCGAGGAAGAUGAUUCAAACGGACCAAGGCAUGGAAGAGUACUUGUUUACGAUAUCGUUCGUCCAGGGAUAAAGGGACGAAGUAUGCCAAUACUAAGAUUGGUCGAUAGCAAGGUGAUAGAUCUGAGGAAAAAUGCCACGGUCAAUUUGGAUGUCCAUCCGGCGGUAGAAAGGUGGAUGAAGAAUCACAAAAGCAAUUACGGUCUUCUCGUUCAUGUGAUGACUGGCUCGAAGAAAUUAGAAAAGCAACAUGUUAGACUAAAACGUAGUAUCGACGAACAGAACGAGACAUGGGUGAUCAAUCGUCCAAUGUUAUUCACUUACAUGGACGAUGGUAGAUACAAAAUGACUUCUGGCAAGCAGAUCUUGGAUAGACGUGCCAGACGGGCAGCUUUAAGAAAGAACAGACGAAAGGAUGGUCGAGAGAAUUGUCGUCGACAUCCGCUCUACGUUGACUUCGCCGACGUCGGUUGGAACGAUUGGAUUGUUGCUCCUCCCGGAUACGACGCCUUCUAUUGCCACGGAGAUUGCCCGUUUCCUUUGGCGGAUCAUCUGAACUCGACUAAUCACGCGAUCGUCCAGAACUUGGUCUACUCGACGAAACCGAGCAUGGUUCCGAAAGCAUGUUGUGUGCCUACGGCCUUGAGCUCGAUAAGUAUGCUCUAUCUCGACGAGGAAAACAAGGUUGUCUUGAAGAAUUAUCAGGACAUGGCAGUUUUGGGUUGUGGGUGUCGUUAGAUCUGUAUGAACUUCAAAAUCAAUCCAAAUUCUCUCUCUUUUCCGAGAGAACAAUUGAUCGAUGUGCGAUAUAGACGCUUUUCUUUUAAGAUCUUUAACAUCGUAUUUAAGGAGAAGGCUCAUUUCUAACAAACAUCUGAAAAAGAAUAUAAAGAAUAAAUUGUUAGAAAGAGUGAGAGACUGUUGAGUAUAGAGACUCCGUUCUCUAUACGAUAUAUUUUUAUAAUUCCAUUCUUUCUAGACGAUGAACGAUUAUGCAAAAGUAUGUGCAUGUGGUAUGCCUGAGUGUGUAUAAUCCUUUCGCGUUUAUCGCAGUUUCGAUAAAUAAAAAGAAUAAUUGGAAAAGUUAAAAAAAAAUAAAUAAAUAAAUAAAAAAAAUAAAAAAAUAAAAAAAAAUAAAAAAAAAUUAAAAAAAAUGAAAAGAGAAAAAAAAACGAAAAAAGAAAAAAAAAAGAAAAAAGAAAUCAAAUAACGAAAACAAUUAUUCCUUGAUUAUCUUUAUGAUCUAUUGGGAAUAUAGAUCCGUAUCGUUCUACAGAUCAUAAUCAAAACUAUAGACUACAAAAGAACACACGAGUUAAAGAAGAAGAAAAGUGCAUGUGCCUAUAAGGACUUUUUUUUUUUUUUUUUUUUUUUUUUUUUUUUAAUUUUCUUAUACAACAUGCCGUCCUAUAUGUCUUGUUUAAUUUCAUUCCAUCUCUUUUUAUCAUAUUGUCAACGAAAGAUAAUGGAAUAUAACGAGCAUGUAUCACUGUGGAAAGGCAGGAAACGUUGAAAGAGUGACGGCAGAAUGAGUUGAGAAACGUAUUAUAUAUUCGAAGGAUAAGUAUCGAUCUUCUUGAUCUUUAUGAAAGAUCUUCUAGAAAAAGACAUUAUUAUUUUUGUUCUCUCAAGAGUAAUACACAUACAAAAAUAAUCCUUUAGUUCGAUAACACAAAUUGAUCCUUUCAUAGCGAAUAUGUUAAAAAGUUAUGAGAAGUAUCAACAUAGCAAUCAAUGAUAAAUAAUAAUAAUAAUAAUAAUAAUAAUAAUAAUAAUAAUAAUAAUAAUAAUAAUAAUAAUAAUAAUAAUAAUAGUAAUAAUAAUAAUAAUAAUAAUAAUAAUAAUAAUAAUAAUAAUAAUAAUAAUAAUAAUAAUAAUAAUAAUAAUAAUACUAAUAAUAAAUAAAUAAAUAAAUAAAUAAUUUUAUAUACACGCAAAGCAAACGAAAUGACAAAUGUGUGCCAUGAUCAUGUGUACAACGUAUAAAAUUCAAAGUAAACUAAUAAUGAGAAUAGAAUAUUCGUCCACAUAGAACCGCGAUACGUGCGCAUAUACAAUUAUAAUUAAGCGAACAAUUAAAGUUUGCUUAAAGCAUGUAAUGUAUAAUUAUGUAGGCACAUAUAGAGAAUUCCUGCCGCCUCAAAUAAAUUGUACCUGCCUACCUAAGGAUUACUAUUUAUUAUUUUUGCCAAAAGAAAAAAAAAAAAAAAAGAAACACGUGUGUAUAUUUGUACAAAAAGAAGGGUGUUAAUGAUAAGUGUAUUUGUAAAAUGUAUAAAGCAUAAGUAAACGAUAGUAGGCGACGAAAAAGUACAUGUAAACAUUGUAAAUAAUGCAUUUGUAAAGUAUCAUAAACAUGUAUAUUCUAUGACAUAUACUUAUCUGUUAUAAUAUUUUACCCAAAUUGUACACAGAAUACAGGUGUAAAUACAGAUUUUUCAUCCAA